CAGGAGGAGUGCUUUGCAAGCCCUUGACAUGCCUAAUAAUUGCAGGGAAUUAUUAACGAGUUGAAACCUUUGGCCCUCAGCUGCCGCGCACUAAUUACUGCCUUCAUUGCUCGGUCCGCUCUGCCACACUCCGACUCUUCACUCCCCAACUUGAACGCGCUGACUGCAAUUCACCGCGACUGUUGGCACUGUCUGCAGCGAUUGUUGUCAUGUGCAGCCUCUGUCUGCCGUCUUCACCCAAAUGUCUCACCCAGAGUACACAGCUGCCAGCACUGUUAGUACUAGUACUUCACUGCUGUAGCAUGCGGGCGCACUGCCUCCAUUCACUGCGAGUCUAACAAACAACCUUGGACCUCUAUCAAGGCCAAGCGAACCAGUUCCGCCGCUUCUGCAUACCUUACCCGUCCGAGUCCUUGCUUUCUUAACUCUAACGCCGUGACAUCCGCCGGUCGAGUCUGAGGCCACCGCUACGACUGGAUACUAAAGGCUUCCGAUCCCGGUCAAGGCCCGAGUCCCUUGCAACCACUGCAUCUGCCACUCCAUCGACGGUCGAAAGAACUGGAUCCAUGGUCCAUCGUCUGUCACAGACCUCGCAUGACCAUCCGAUUCCAGCCCAACCUUACUUCCACUACACUUCUUCGUCCAAGACCCCCUCCAGCUUCUUCAUGCUACUUUCUUUCAGCUUGACCGUCCUCUCUGUUCCUUCGAGCGAGAUCAGCCUGCCUGACUGCCGUUGCGUAUUCGGCUUUGUCUGCCGUUGUUAACUCCAGGCUCACUGCUCCGUAGCAUACCCGACUGCCGUUGAGGCAAUCCCCUCCGUGGGCGGUGAUUACGCAAUACCUCGCCGGUACGACUGACCUUCACCGCAGGUCAAUUUUUCCAGACCCUCAAGUCUUUCUUCAAGAGGUAAAGCCCAAGUGCGGAGACUUGAUCAAGGAAUCCUAGAAACAGAGUUGUGUGUGGGACGGUUUCGGCGAGCUGGGCUUGUGAUCGUACUACGAGGUUAUCUUCAUGCCGCCACCAUUCUCCCAGGGUUAUCCCACCAGCCGAUCUCUUGAUCGCCCUGACCGGGAAGAUUUGGACGACGAUCACCAAUAUAAGCGUCGGAGACUGGAAGAACGACCGAGUGCUCCUCAAAGUAUGCCUGACCCUCCUCGGCCUCCCAACGUCUCUGGAUUCCCUCCACCUCUUCGCCAGCCUUUUUACGGCCUUGGCAGUGACAGUUUCUCCUUUACACCGGCACCGCCUUUGUCCAUGUCUUCUGGCGCAUUUUGGGAGGAAGAUGCUGCACUGGAAUAUCUCGCCUCCGGUAAUGGCUUUGCCCAAGACUUGCGAGGCCUAGUUCCGACAUUCGCACUUCCUUACAAUAUUCCCGUGGGACCUCCGCUUGGUCAACUACCUCCACGGACGUCUGAAGUGACCAGCCACCCAGUCUACCAGCAUCCACGUGCACCCCCUGCAAUUCCUCCGCAGCACCAAGCCCUCCCCGAGGAUUUCUUUCAGCAUUUACCCAGUGGUGUCACCAACGAGCGCUUACGAGAAGUCGCCGGACGCGUGUCGGAGUCUACUAGGUAUUUAAUGGCUACUCACUUUGGACGGACUGGCCCUCUGCCCCAGGACGAAAAUAGGACCGCACAACUUCCCGCCCCCGUCUUAGGUGAUUCCACGCGCAUGCAACGUUCGCUUCCACCAGCAUCCAUCCCCUCGAAGGCAGCUAUCGUUGUGACGCUAAGCCGAGCUACGCCAGAAAGCAUCGGAUCGCUAGAAGAGCACAAGAGAGAAUGUCCGGCGUGUCAGCUCGAAUUCGAGCCAGACAAUUUCAUGGCAGUCAUAAGCUGCUGCGACACCGCCAUGCACGUGGCUUGCUUGUCAGCUUGGGUCAAUUCACAAACUUACGCCAAAAGUAAGACAUGCAUGAAGUGCCGCCGCAGUAUUGAUGCAAGACGCCCUCUGAACCAUGUGGUACCGCCCGUGAAUGACAAGACCUGGGAUGAAGGUGGAAAUUUCGACGCUCCGGAACAUGUGAAAGGCGAUAAUAAAAUCGACGUCAAUGUCAGCACCAGACCGACUCGACCCUCGUAUCGACGCCCCCGAGGGCUCCCUCAGUACACGACGGCGUACCAAUCAAGAGGAGCCACCAUCGUCCUGCCUGCCACGUUGACCCCCGAAACACGUGAAGCUCUAACUCAAGCACGACACGGUCAAAUGAUCGAGCUCGACGAGAUGAAAGGUCGAAUGCGUGCUGCAUACAUUGAACAAAGUCGAGCAACUGAGGAGGAUAUCAAUGCCCGCCAGAGCCUCCUGGCAGCAAUGACAGCAGUAAACUCUGGCGACUCGGCAGACUUGGCGUUACUGACUCGACUCUCUGAAGAGAAGAAAUUGGCAAAGGAUCAGGCCGUUGCAAACUACCAAAAGCUUCACGGCGACCUGGUCAAAUUGCAGAGCACCCAAAUGGAACGAAUGAACACGUUGGUGGCGAACGCUUUGAGAGAACAGCAGCGACUCAGAGUUGCCACAGACCAGCCUAGUCAAGGUUUACCCCUGCCGGUCGAAACUCCCGAAGCUGAAACGAGAAUGUCCAUCUCUCCAUAACUGGACUUUCCUUCAUCAUCCUCCUAAACGGCCCAAGAUGGGGACGUGGCUUAAGAAGGGCUCACAAAGGCCGAUCACGCCGCUGUUUAUUCGCAGCAGGCAAAAAGAAAAGUGUUCGGGGAUGGGGCUUCCAGAUUGUCAUGGACAGCCAGCGAAGUUGGCGAAUUGCGUACUGCCAAGCGACUGCGGAGAAGAACUCGCUUAAAGGUCGAACGUUGAGCUGAAGCCUUGCUACAAGGGGCGGAGAUGCGCAUGGUAGAGUGGUAGGGGAGAAAGGGGUGUCUUUUAUUGCACAGCGACCUAAUGAUAUGACGGGCAGAGGGAGGCGUUUGGAGUUGCGAGAGUGUCAUUCGGUAUGCAUGGGGUUUUUUACGGGCGCAGACUGGAUCGGCAUGGGAGGCGUUUCGUGGUAAACUGGGAUUUGCGUGGGAGUCUUUCUUAUUCAUCCAAUAGUACGAGUAUGAUAUUUGCGCAGAUUGCUUUUGACAAUCACGACUGGUGACGGUGGGGGUGCAGUUCAUGCCGAGCUUGGUUAUCUUUGGCGAGCAAUAAUCAUAAUCACCACGAGACCCAG